AGUCGUAUGCUCCGCCAACGUCAGAAGACCCGCUGAAAUUCAAAGUUGGAGGAGGAGACUGAAAGCAUAAAACAACACGAAGGUUGUUUCUUAUUUUCUGUCAGUUAGCGUUGACCUGUUUAAUACAGACUGUAGUUUCAUACAGACUUCUUUUUCAGCUCAGAAUGGAAGCUGGUGAGGAAAAUGGUGGCAACUUCAACUUGAAAAGACAGAGAGCACCUCUGUCAGAUUCUGAAGACAAUGUCCUUUCACUAUCAGAGGUGAAUGAUGGCCAGAAGCGUCGGCGUCUGGAGGCAGCUGGGGAGGAGAACCGUAGUCCUAAAUCGUCCUCCGCUGGAUGCCUAGCUGAGCUAGAGACAAAGCCAGACACACCGAUGGUUCCCUCAGUCCGGUCCCGAGUCCAGCAACUCACACAGAGACGAGAGGGAGGAGCUCCUCUGGCCCAGCGGUGCCUGUCGGAUCCUGGAUCAGUCAUCAUCCACGAAAAGGGCUUCAGAGAGCAUCUCCUCGGUGAGGGAGAAUUUAAUCAGCGAAUGGAGCGGUUUAAAGUGCCAAUCUUCCAGGCUAGCCCCGCCCCCACACCGAGCCCUACCAACCCCUGCCCUCAGACCCGCUCCAACUUUGUAUCGGGCAUUCAGCAGAGACUCCACGUUACUACAACACCCAGCUCCAAACAGGCUUCUCGCAUACGCCAGGAACGGGAGCAGGAGUUGAGCCUGUUGCAUUUCCAACCAAUCAGUGAGAAUGCCUGGCUGAAAAGGAGCAGCUCUGAUCCCUCCUUAACUGAGCAGGGAAGGACCCCUCCUGGCCCCUCAUCUCCCUCCUCCUGGGUUCCUAGAUCUAGAAGGAAAGUUAAUUGGCCGCCCAUGCAGCCCUGGGAUCAGGCUGAUGGUGAUGCUGACAUGAAAGAUGGCAGCUUCACUGAAGCUUCAACAUCAAGUGCAAAGAAGCAAUCUUCAGAUGGGACAGGUGAAAGGGCACCCAGUGACUCCGAAGCUCCUGCAGCAUCUGGAGAGUUUGAAAACUCUAAUGAAGGGCAACUGCAAAUGGAAUGGAAGGAGCAAAAUACUCAUCAGGGUGAAGAAGUCAGGGAGGAGAAAGAGCACAAGGCUUCAGUUGGAAAUGAAGAAAUGCAGCUAGGGUCCCAACAACCACAGACCCAGACUGUAUUGAAGUUGUCUUUUAGCGAGGAUCAGAGUUUCUCCAGAGCACCUUUCGGUGAGGACCAGAAUGUGUCAGAGUUGCCUACAGGUGAUGAACAGAGCUUGCUAGAAUCAACUCAUCCAGAGGAGUCAAACAUAAAGGAAACAGCUGAGGUUUCCAAAGUAACUGAACAGGGCAGGUCUGAGGUGUUUUCAUUUGAAGAAGUUGAAGAAAUUGAUGGUUCUUCAUACAGUGAAGAGGGGAUUGAGCCUUCAACAGAUGAGGAGUUAAGGUCAUGGAGAUAUCCUCAAGAUAGGAUGUGCAAGGGGGAAGAGUCUAUCAUAGUUGAAGGACAGGAGGAAGAUGUGUUUGCUAAUGAGGGGGAGUUGGAAUCAUCCAGAGUGGAAAAAGAUAAAGGAGGCAGUGUUGCAGAUCACAGUGAACCCUCUGACAUCCAGGAUGGUGAAUGUCAUUUGGGUUAUGUCUCUGCUGAGAUUGCUGGCUCCUCUGAAAUGCAGGAAGAUAAAAAACCUAGACCUGAGGAGCAUGAUUUAGAGUCUGAAAGCUGGUUAGAUGACUCUGUGAAAGACCAGUCUAAUUUAAACAGACACCAAGGGAACAUAGAAUCCUGUGAAAGAUGUUAUGAGGGAGCAGUUACAGGAGAUAGUAAUAUCUUUACAAUAAAACAAGACCAGAAAUACACAGAAGGAUGUACUCAUGAGGACAAUAAUAUGACUCCUUUUGCAUGUGUAGCUCAGGCUCUGAAAGAAACACAGACUGGGUAUACAGAGCUUAGAAAUAUUGAAGAUGUAGCAAAACCUAAGGUAGAGACUCAGACCGAAUCAUCAGACAUGGAUGGAAGUGAUGGACCUCAGUGUUUGACAGAGGUCCAUGCGUCAGAUCACCUAUUGGAGACUGAGGAAAUGGGGCAAGAUGCAAUAGAUGAAAGGCAGGGUGUUGUAUAUGGGCUGACAGGAGAAACUCACAACACAGAGGGAGGAGAAAGCUCAAAGAAAGUCACCUUUAUCCUCGAGCCUGAGCUAAUCAAUGACUCAACCCUGUCUGAGACCAAUACCUCCAUGGAGUCUAGGGCAGAGACAAGUAUGUCAGAUGCUGAACUGAGCUCUCAUGAUGAGACCAACACUGCUGAAGUAAUCGACCAGAUGUUUGAGGAGGUGCUGGAAUAUGCUGGAAGGAUAGAGGAAGAGAGGGCGGAUGAUGAUUACACUGAGGACCACGACAGUGGCAUUUGCGCUUGCUCUGGAGACAAAGAUAAGAUGGACACAGAGUCAGAGAAGGAGAAAAGUGAAGAAGAGGGGGAAGCCAAAGAAGAAGAGUGUGAUGAGAGCAAGAAGCUUGAAAGCAACGGAGAUGAGCUGCUGACUUUUCCUCCCAGCGGCAUCCUCUCUCCUCUCAGCAAGUCUGUAGAAGCUGUGGUCACCCCCCUACGACUGGCAGCGAGCCAGAGGUCCAAUACUCCAUCUCUGCUCCUGACUCCAGAAGAGACCACCACCCCUCCUGCUGAAUCUGCUCCUCUAUACAGUAUUGAUGCUUACCGCACACAAAGACAGAGUAAGCUGCCUACAGUUCAGAGUGUCACUCCUGGGGUUCAGAGACGAGCUCCAGAGAAGUCCCAACCUCAACCCUCUGUCAACACCAAGGAGAGAAUCACGGCUCUUAAUGAAGAGGCAGGGAAGCUGCAGACUGUGAUCAACCAGACCCUGCAGGCUCUGAGCUGUUGUACUGAUGAGGAGCACGGACGAGGCUCGCUGGAGGAGGCUGAAGCUGAGAAACUACUGCUGGUCUCCUGUGAGAAACGUUCUGCCCUGUUGGCAGAGGUGGCCAGACUGAGGGAGGAGAGGAACUCAGAGUCAGGAGAGGCAGCAGGGGAGGACCGGGAGUAUGUUUCCCAGCAGCCCUGCAGAGGGACUGUCAGCAUCACAAACAUCCAGCUGCCUCUCAAAGUUGAAUUUGUCUGCUCCUCAUACACCCGCACAGGUCGGCCAAGUCACUACUUCUUCAUCCUCAUCCGCUACGGGCCCUGCAACAUCGUCGCCACCCCGCUGGCCACGGCUGCUGAUGCUCAGAAUGGAGACACCAUCUCCUUCCCUACUUCUGUCAUUCUGAGGGAUAUUCGCUCAUCCUUUGAGAUUGAUGUGGAAGUCUACAGCCUGUCCCACACUUCAGGUAGUAACUGCAGUAUGGAACGGACCACCACCAAGUCACGGGUCACGCCAAGAAAGCUUCUGAAUACUAUCACAAGAUCCAGUAACAGUCUGACAUCUGCUGCUCCUCUUGCUCUCAACACUCGUCGCUCCAGUAACUUUUGUCUGGUGGGCUCCCAUAAGAUCACCUUGGCCUCACUGGGACACAGCAAGUUCCCUCUGGAUAAGAUGAAAUUUGAAGGCAAAAUCAGGAGGCUGCUGGGAGAUGAAUUUCAGGAAAAGGUACCUUUUCUCUCUCCUCUAGAGGGCAACAUAUACCUGCGGCUGGACAGCGAAAGUCACUCUAAUGUACAGCACCAAGGCUUCCUGACAAUGUUUGAGUUGAUCAGUGGAUAUGGGGUGUGGCAUCGCCGAUAUUUUGUUCUGGAGGGAUGCAACAUGUACUACUGGAACCACCCCAAUGACAAAGAAACUAAGGAAGCAGAGGGCAGCAUUUCUCUGUCCAGCUCUCCAAGUCAGUGUGUCAGGCCUGUCAAGAGGGACUCGUGUGCUCGUCCUUUCACCUUUGAGCUGGUGAGCAACACCCCGCAGCAGCAGGACGACAGCCAGGAUGCCUUAGCCAAGUGUUGGUUUUCAGCUGACACCAAACAGGAAAGAUUGGACUGGAUAGAGAAACUCAACCAGGCUCUUUUGGACUUUCACACAUGGAACCGAACAUCAGCAACCCAAACAGAAAGUCAGCAGCCAAACACGUCCAGCUGUGGGAACUUGAGGGAGAGCAUAUUGUAACUACAUCAUUUAGACAACAUACCUGCUCAGAUGUGAUUUCUUACUGUUUCUGCUGCCUGGGAUCCAUGACAACACCCUGGAAGCAGCUUUUAUGUGGCAGGUAGAUGAGUUGACAUCAGGGUUUAAAUUCUUUAUCUCAGAGCUGCAGGAGAUGAGCUUCUUCAUUUUAAGGCUAUGUUUCACUGUUGAAAUCAAACUGCCAAAUUACAAACAUAUGGCAAGGCAAAACGUUAUAUAUCUCAUGUUGAUUUAUCUUUGGGAGAUAUCUAUUUGAUUUUCAUACUGUUGUUUAUUUCUUUUAAUCUGAAUCCAAUCAUUACUGUUGGUUUUCACUUUUAUUUGCUAAAUUACAGUUGCCAUUUGAAUAGUUUUAGUUUUCCUUAUCAUAAUUUUGUGGAAAUUAGGUUUUAUUUUGACUUGUUUUUCUGUGGCAAUCAGCUGCUUUAGCCAUUGUUGGCAAUAAUAUUUGGUCACUUUCAGUAGCUAAGGUGAAACUUCUCUUGUAGCUUAUAUAUUUUUGAAAAUAAUUUACACAUUUAGAUUCAUACUGUAUUUUUGUAUCAUUUAAACUGGAAUGAUAAACAAUUUUGUAUAGAUACACUAAUAAAUAUUGAAGAACGAAAUUGUAAACUCUACUAAACUAAUCUAGGUUGAGAAUGUAUUUGAAGUGGCAGGAAACCCUACGAAAUAUUAAAAUAUAGAAGGAAUGCAAGCUGUGUUGGAAUGGGAGCUUUUCUUAGUUUUUGAUAAUGGCACAAUUGAUCCAUUCUAGGUGGAAGUUAGUGCAGGCUUUUGUUCCACUGAACCAACAGAUAUUUGGCUGUUAUUUCUCUGAACUGUGAUUGAACAACACUUGGUGCCUUUUUUUUUUCUUUUUCUUUUUUUUUUAACUAAAGAAAUAACCAGUCGAAAUCUGUAUCUAUCCCUCUUGUCAGUACGUGUCACUGGCAUCUUGGGGUUUUACCUACUUCCCAGUGGCCUGACAUUAUCAUUCCUCAUUCCUAAGUACAUGAUUUGUGUUACUGCACAUACAUAAACCCAUAUAUUUACAUAUUUAAACCCAUAUUAUAUGUGAAAUACAGUAGAUGAGAGCUCUGAUGAGGUAAGAAGGGACUGUAGUGAUGCUGCUACAAUGAAUGUAGUCUGUUCUGUCUGAUGUCCUGUUCUUUUUCAUGUAUUUCCACCUAUCUGUCUGUCACUUUAUGUUAUUCAUGUCAACUCUCAUUCUAUGCACUUAAUUGAAGGUACCAAUAAAAUAAAUGGAUUGAAAUUGAUACAAAAA